ACCUUACAUGAAUGAUCCACGAAGGAAGUUGCUAGAAAACCCCUGUUCCCUGUGGUUGGGGCGUCUUUAGAUGAUAGACCCCUCCUCUCCUCCCCUCUUCCUUAAAAAUCAAUAAAUUAAUUAUGGCUUUAGUUCCGUCAACCGCCGUCGAGUCUCCGUUAAUAGCGGAGGUGGACAUGGGUGGCGCCUCCUCCGAUCCCUCCUCCGUCACCGUUAGGGCAACCGUAGUCCAGGCCUCCACAGUCUUCUAUGAUACGCCGGCCACUCUCGAUAAGGCAGAGAGAUUAAUUGCAGAUGCAUCUGCCUAUGGGUCACAGCUAGUUGUAUUUCCAGAAGCAUUUGUUGGUGGCUACCCCCGUGGUUCAAAUUUUGGUGUCACCAUAGGCAGCCGUUCAGCCAGGGGUAGAGAGGAAUUCAGGAAGUAUCAUGCUGCAGCUAUUGACGUGCCUGGUCCUGAAGUUGAUCGCUUGGCAGCAAUGGCUGGAAAAUAUAAGAUCUUCUUAGUAAUGGGUGUGAUUGAGAGAUCUGGAUACACCCUCUAUUGUACAGUUCUUUUCUUCGAUCCUCAGGGUCAGUACCUAGGGAAGCACCGCAAACUCAUGCCUACAGCACUGGAACGUGUAAUUUGGGGCUUUGGAGAUGGAUCCACCAUUCCUGUUUAUGAAACUCCUAUUGGAAAGAUUGGUGCCCUCAUUUGCUGGGAGAAUAGGAUGCCUUUAUUAAGGACAGCACUAUAUGGUAAAGGUAUCGAAAUAUACUGUGCUCCCACUGCCGAUGCGAGGGAGGUGUGGCAGGCUUCAAUGACCCACAUUGCCCUCGAGGGUGGAUGCUUUAUUCUGUCGGCAAAUCAGUUCUGCCGAAGGAAAAACUACCCACCACCACCGGAUUAUGUGUUUGCAGGUAUUGAUGAUGAUGAACCUUCACCGGAUACUGUGGUAUGUGCUGGUGGAAGUGUCAUCAUCUCGCCCUCAGGGACUGUUCUGGCUGGUCCUAAUUAUGAAGGAGAGGCUCUCAUAUCAGCUGAUUUAGAUCUUGGGGAAAUAGUGCGAGCCAAGUUUGAUUUUGAUGUUAUAGGACAUUAUUCAAGGCCAGAGGUGCUGAGCCUAACAGUUAAAGACCAUCCACAGAAUGCAGUCUCGUUCACAUCUGCUGCUAAGGCUGAAAGCAUGUAACAAAGUAAUCAUUAAUGUUGUAAUGCGUUCAGUAUUAUCAUUGCAUAACAAAUGUUCACCUUGAUGGCUCCAUUGUUCAUAUUAGGGAAAUAUUGCAUCAGUGCAAUUAUUUAACGGGUACCCAAGUGAAGAUAUUUCAGUCUUUCGAAAAACCAUAGACUGAAUGUGCAUCCUUUGUUUUUUCUGUGUAUUUGUAUGGAGAUAUGUUCUCUCUCGUA